UUGCAAAAUUGUAAACAAACGCGUGAUCGCAGGUCCCCGAAGAGCCGAGCUGAUCGACAAACUGAGACGGAUCAAUGAGUUGUGAGCUUUCAGAAGGAACUGUAUUAAAAGUAAUCGCCGUGUUACAGCAAUUAUAGCUGGAUUAAAGCGACGGCGCGAGUGGGAGACCUUAACGCCAGCCGUCCGCAAAGGAAAACUAGUGAUAAGCCAGUUAGCUGGCGGUCGCUUACCGUGUUGGUCGCCCCUCAUCAGGGCUCAGCCUAAUUCAGGAUGGUGUGUUUGGGGUCGCCGCUGGCUGUAUCAGUCCUCCUCAUCUUCUUCUGCACUCUGGCGCCUUCUCCUGGUCAGGCAUAUAUAUAUGCUCAUUACAGUAACAUGACCUCCAUGCUGUUUGAGGAUCUGCCUGCUCUCUUUGGCUCCGCUCUGCCCAAAGAUGGACUCAUGGGUGUUCUGAUUGAAGCCCGUCCUCAGAACGCCUGCACACCUAUAGAUCCUCCUCCAGCUUCUCCCACACCCGCCGAUCCCAACAGCACUACAAAAUACAUCGUCCUCAUUCGACGCUAUGACUGUAACUUCGAUGUCAAGGUGCAUCAUGCACAGCAGGCUGGUUUCAGCGCAGCCAUAGUGCACAACAUGUACUCCAAUUCACUACUCAAUAUGGGCUACAGCAAUGAGACCAUCGCAGAGGAGAUUACAAUUCCUUCUGUGUUUACAAGCUUCUACGCCUCUCAGAUAUUGCACAAAUUUAUCAUACCUGAGAAAGGGGCGUAUGUGGUUCUGAAGCCUGAGUUCUCCUUCCCUCUGUCCUACUAUCUCAUCCCCUUCACUGGAGUCGUCUGCAUGAUCAUCAUUGUCAUGGUCAUCAUAAUGAUUGUGCGAUGUGUACAACACCGAAAGAGACUUCGUAAAAACAGACUCUCCAAGGAACAGCUGAAGAAAAUCCCCAUUCACAAGUUUAAUAAAGGUGAUUCGUAUGAUGUGUGUGCGAUUUGCCUUGAUGAGUAUGAAGAGGGAGAUAAGCUGAGAGUGCUGCCGUGUUCACAUGCCUACCACUCCAGGUGUGUGGACCCCUGGCUCACCCAGACCAAGAAAACCUGCCCGGUGUGCAAGCAGCGCGUGACUCGUCCCAACCCAGAAUACUCAGAGUCUUCAGAUUCAGACGAAGAGGCAGGACCUCACGAGGCUGAAGAGGAAGACGAGCGCACUCCUCUCCUCCGGCCGUCCAAUCCCGGCUCUCCGGCCUCCUCCAGCCCGCCUCCUUCUUAUUCAUCCACAGUUGCAUCAGAGCCAGCCACCGUCACAACCGCAGCACAGUGUCUGCCACACACACCGCAGCAUGGCGCGCCCCUGCUGGCCAACGACGAGUAUUACUCGCCCAUAGAGGACUCGGAUGAUGAAGGUAGUGAGGAUGAGGAGGAACGUCACACCUCAGAUAGCGACAGCACAGAGCUGAUUGGAGGCGCCGCCGUACGAGUUUGAGCGAAAAGCACACUGAAAAAAAUGAUUAGUUGGAUUUACUAAUUUUUUUUUUUAAGGUAAGUGGUUGCAGACAUUUUAUUUGGGCUGAAUUUGAACAAUACUAAACUUAAUUUGUUUGUUUAAAUUCAGCCCAUAUAAAUUAUUUGCAGCAAUUUAGCAUAAAUAAUUUUUUUCAGUGCUCUUUAGUUUGUUUUUGAGGUUUUGCAGCCUUGAUUUAAGACACAUUCCAGGCUUUCUGAUACACACACGCACAUCCAUCCUGCUUCUAGCUAGUGCGAUCAACACUACAACAUAUUCUGACGCCUUUUAAUCACACAAGAUUGAUGCACUGAAAGAAAUGACUCACUGGAUUUACUCAAUUAUUUACUUUAGGUAAGUGUUUCCAAAUAAUUUAUAUGGGCUGAACUUUAAAUUAAAUUAAGUAAUGUUCAACUUGAUUUGUUUGAUUAAAUUCAGCCCAUAUAAAUCGUUUGCAAGCACAUACAUAAAAAAAAUAGAGUCAAAUCCAAGGAAUCAUUUUUUUCAGUGUGUGGUUUAUAUUAUUAUUGUUUUCCCCUAGAACAGUGGUGUCAAACUCAGUUCCUGGAGAGCCGCAACCCUGCACAGUUUAGUUCCAACCCUGCUUCAACAUACCUGGAGGUUUGAAACAAGCCUAAAGGACUCAAUUAGUUUACGCGGGUGUGUUAGAUUAGUUCCAACCCUAAUUAGUGCAGAGCUGCGGCCCUCCUAGGAACUGAGUUUGAUUUGUUCCCUAGAGCUGUGUUUCCCAACACUGUUCCUGAAGGCACACCUACAGUACACAUUUUCAAUCUCUCCCUAUUCAAAUACACCUGAAUUAAAUGAUCAGAACAUUAGAAGAGACUUGAAAACCUGAAAUAAAUGGUUCAGAUAAGGGAGACAUCCAAAACAUGUACUGUUGGUGUGCCUUCAGGAACAGGGUUGGGAAACACUGCCCUAGAGCAUAAAUGCUAUGUGAAGUUCAUUAAAGGGGUAGUUCACCCAAGAAAUGUACAUUUGCUCACUGUUUACUCACCCAAAAUGGGAUCUUUAGGGAGUUUUUUUAAUUCUGUUGAACACAAUAUAUAUAUAUAUAUAUAU